AUGCCGUCUGAAAUGCAAAACUUAAACCCAACGAUUCUAAAUGCAGCUGACCUCCCAACUCGCCAAAGACCCAAGUCUGCUCGCGGUGAAUCGUAUGACGGCAGCAUAUUCGGCAAUGCGGUCUCGGCAAAUUUGAGCGAUCCCUUCGCUGUCGACAUCUACAGUUCUGGAGAAUCAGAAAAUGAUGAUGAGAACUUGUUAGAAGAACCGAUAGAUGAGCAGGAGAUUUUCGAUCUUAUUUCCGGGAUAUCAGACCCAGAACAUCCGAUAUCUCUAGGAUCUCUUGCUGUCGUCUCACUUCCUGACAUAUCUAUCACGCCCUCCUUACCCAACAAUCCGCAAUCUCCUCUUCGAAUCGUCACUGUUCUUAUCACACCGACCAUCACGCAUUGCAGCCUGGCCACGGUGAUAGGUCUCGGUGUACGAGUCCGCUUAGAACAGUCCCUUCCACCUCGAUUCCGUGUCGAUGUCCGCAUAAAGGAGGGAACACAUAGCACGGCCGAGGAAGUGAAUAAACAAUUGGCAGACAAAGAGAGAGUAGCGGCAGCCUUGGAGAACGGAACGUUGAUGGGCGUUAUCGGAAAGAUGCUAGAAACAUGCCAGUGA